AUGGCAGCGCCACAACCCUCGUACACCAAGGUGACGCACUCGGCCACCUACGCGGCAAUCAACCCAACCCUUCCCGCACUCUCCUCCGCAGGCAAAGUGGUGGUGAUCACCGGCGCGACGGGCGGCAUCGGGCGGGCGACAGCGCGAUCGUUCGCCGCCUCGGGCCCCAAGGCGCUCGUGCUGCUUGGCCGGCGCGAGGACGCGCUAGCCGAGGCGGCCGGACACGUCCGCUCCAGCCACGACUCUCUCACGGUCGAGACUCACGCGGUGGAUUUGGUCGACAGCGGCAAGCUCCGGCGGGUCUUUGCAGACGUUGCGGCCGCCCACGGAGGCGUCGACGUCGUGAUCCACGCGGCCGGCGUGCUGGCGCCUGUGGUGCCACUCGUCGACGCCGACCCGUCGACGUUCCUCGACGGCUACAAGACGACCGUGGUGGGCACGCUGGCGCUGGCACAGGCGCUGGUACUGGGCAACGGGGAGAAGAAGGAGACGACGCUCGUCAACCUCACCAGCGCCGGCAUCUUGGUCCCGCCCUUUCACGGCAUGGGCGCCUACGUCAGCUCCAAGAUGGCCGCCGUCAAGCUGCUGCAGGCCUUUGGCGCUGAGAACCCCCAUGUCCGGAUCCACCACGUCCAUCCGGGUUUCCUUGACACCGCCAUGUCCGCCCAGCUGUCAAAGACUACCAAGCUGCCCUUCAGCUUCGAUGACAUCUCCCUCCCCGCGGAUUUCUUAGUCUGGGUUGCGUCACCCGAGGCCAAGUUCCUCAAUGGCAAGAUCGUCUUCGCCGCCUGGGACGUUGACGAGCUCAAGAGCCGCGAGAAGGAGAUUGUCGGCACCUCGCCCUUCGCGGGCGAGCUGUGGCUGAGCUUCUCGGGCUUCCCGCGCUACGUUGGCAGUCAUGCGCUUGGCGGACAGUAG